AUGAUCCUGACGUGUAAAGCCCUCGCGUGGCUGACGAGCUGGGCGCUGGGCCAGGCCGCGCUACGCCAGACCGCAUCUCUCAGGGCCACCUAUUCAGACUCGGAGGGCGAGGAAGACGAGCGCCUGCAGGAGAAUUCGAACACUCCCCAGGGGGCCACCCUGCAUAAUGGCGGUGUGGCGAUACCACCGGAACCGCCGGGCCAAUGUCCCGGCGAGCUGCAGGACAAGAUCGCGAGGCUCUAUAAGAAAAUUGAGAGCGACGGGCUGGACAUGAACAUGCUCAUCCAGCAGCGGAAGGAGUUCCGCAAUCCAUCAAUUUACGAAAGACUCAUUAAAUUUUGCAGUAUUGACGAGCUGGGCACCAACUACCCACCGGACAGGUUUGACCCGGUAAAAUGGAGGAAGGACUCGUAUUACGAGGAGCUCGCCCUCGUGCAGAGGGCGCGGAAAGCGGAGAUCGAGAUCGUGUCCGGCACGGCGAAGCGGAAAAGGUGGGACCAAGUGGCGACCGGCGGUGCCGCCGCCGCGACCGUCAAACCCACGGUGCUUCUCUCACAGCCUACCCUCACUACUAUCACGUCGUCCAGCGCCAAAUCCACCGUUUUAUCGACGACCAUCGGCUCGCUGCCGAAAAAGAGAUUGUAACAUAUUGUAAGGGGUUUACCAAGAAUAAACUUUCUAAUGUAACACAG